AUGUCGAAGUCAAACGUACCAAAAUGGGUGGCUGAUUUGGAGUCACCACCACCAGCGAAGGCCAAGAAUGCCAGUAUCCCAGAUCCACCGGGGUACACGGGAGGAUCGCAACUGACAGGCAGCUCCAAGAAACAAACAUCCAAAGAAUCGAAAGCCCUCCAACAACGGAAACAGCCGACCACCGAGGAGAUGGACACGCUGAAGCUCAAGAAGGCGUGGGAGGUGGCCCUGGCACCCGUCAAGAACCUGCCCAUGACGGCCAUCAUGAUGUAUAUGUCGGGCAACUCGCUGCAGAUCUUCAGCAUCAUGAUGGUGUUUAUGGCCUUCAAGAACCCCAUCAUGGGCAUCGUAGGCACCAACGUCGCCUUUGAGAAGUUUGAGAGCGACAGCAACAAGGGCAAGAUGCUCCAGGUCAAGUUGGCAUACGUGGCUAUGCAAGUGGUGGCGUUGGCGCUGGGCAUUUGGAAGAUCAAUGCGAUGGGGCUGUUGCCGACAACGAGAUCAGAUUGGCUGGCUUGGGAAGAGCAACGAGAGUUUUCAGAACAUGCCGUAUCAGCUCUAUAG